AUGUAUCCAUUGAAUAUACUCGUGGCUACAGCCACUCUCUAUUCAAUUACGACGCGAGCGGCCUUUGUUUUUGCACCGGAUGAUGCUGCGCUAUUUAUAGCCAUUGCGGUGCCUAUAGACUUGCCCAGAUAUAAAGUGUUCCUAUCGUACAACUUCGAAGCGCACUAUCCUGUGCACGAUACUUGGCGACUACUAAGACAUUCCGGUCAUUUGAAUGGUACUCAUGGUGGCUUGGCAAAUAACACCAACUUUGAUUUUGAUGACAACUAUGACUAUUAUGGCGAUGUUGAAGGUCCCGAUGGACCCCACAAAAAAAAGCAUAAAAUUAAGCCCAGUCCGAAGCCUGAGAACGCAACGGUGUUCGAUGAUCAGAGACCACCUCCAAAGCCUAAGGAGGAGGAGUAUAAGGAUUUCUUUGAGGACUUCCCAAUGGAUGGUGGCCGAGAAGCAGCGGAGGCAAAAAACCGCAUUUCACGUUCACUUUUAUCGCGAACCACCUUCUAUGAGAUACUUAAACGCCGAUUCGAACAACAUGGAUUUGGUUCUGGCGAUGAAUGUCUGCUGCGUCUGAUUUGUGAGGUAAACAACAGCCUGGUCGGCGAGGUGAACGGAUUGCUUGGCAAUUUAGUGCAUGUUAUGUUCAGUCCCAGUAGCUCCAUGUUCGAGGCACUACCGGAGCGCUACUAUGAAGCCGAGUUGCAUGGCACACGCGACUAUUGCGAGCCCUAUCAAAGGCAAUGUAAGCGCAGCAUUCUCGGUGAGAUCACGCAACCACUGACCGACUUCAUUGCUCAGAUGGACACCAAUAAAAUAUGA